GUGAAGGAGCUGGGCCGGGCUGAUGAGGUGCUGGAUCUGUCGGAUUAUGAGCGCUGUGAGGAGAUCAGGAAGAACAAGAGCCGCAGCAAGAAGAACCACAGCAAGUUCAGACUGCAGCGCUGCAGCUCACCUGGAAACACGGUGCCUAACCUGGAGUUCCUGGCCGUCAGUCCGGAGGAGAAGGAGUCGUGGAUCAACGUCCUGAACGUCGCCAUCACACGAGCGAAGAACAGGAUCCUGGACGAGGUGAUCGUGGAUGAAUCUCUGCUGUCUCACCUGACCAGAGACCGGGUCAAGAUCCCCCACAACCGCCGGCUGCCCACCAGAGGACACCUGCUGGCCGUGGCCUCCACCUCCUCCUCAGACGGGAUGCUGACUCUGGACCUGAUCCAGGAGGAGGACUCUCUGCACCCUCAGGGAGCCGACGGCUGCGAUGCCUUCAGGGUCGCCUUGGACAAACCUUCGUCCCACCUCAGCCCGGACUGUCCCAGGUCCAAAACAGACGGCGCUCUGUCAGUCCGGACUGCCGAGGCUUGUGGGAAAUCUCAGAGCCUUCCCCGUGAGGUGGCGGUGGUGUGGGAGCAGACAGGCCCCGCCCACACGCCUCAGCCUGGGAAGCGUCUGACGCCAGCUGAGAAAAACCGCUGCGCCUCCAUGGACGAGAUCCUGACCCACUCAGAGAACCACGCUGUGAAGAACAAGAACCGCUCCCCGGGGUCCACGCCGUGCGGCACGACGGCGCCCAUCAGCCGGCUGCAGGACCUGAUCAGCCAGAAACUGGAGAAGACGGAGCGGCUGCUGACGGAGGUGAGGGGGGAGGCGGAGGGGGAGUCCGGGGACCGGGGGAAGACGAAGGGGAAGGACUCGCCCGAGGCGUCCCGAGCUGAAGCAGAGCGAGUCCUGAAGGAGGCGGCGGCGGCCUGGACUCAGGCCCGCGAGGUCCUGGAGGAGGUCAAGGAGCUGAGGGAGCUGUACCGACAGCUGGACUCCUCCUCACCCCUCCUCACCCCCUCCAACAGCAACAAACUGAGCCCAGACCGCAAGAGCCCCAAGUGAGUCUGGAUCAGACCGGAUCAGGUGGAGCUGGACUUCAGAUGAAGCCGCUGACGGCUCCAUGACUUUAAAUUAUUGGGAGACGUUCGAGUGUUUCAGAGACCGAUCAGAGGAUCCUCUAAAGACACCCGGACCAACCUGCAGAUCCAGUCUCCUGGAGCAGGUCCUUGAAACAUUUCCAGGCCUUGAAAAGUUCCUGAAGUUUCUUUUUUUAUUGCACAAAAUCAACGUAACCAGCAGAACCACCUGAGGAACCUGAGGAUCCUGAGGAACCUGAAGAACCUGAGGAACCUGAAGAACCUGAAGAACCUGAGGAACCUGAGGAUCCUGAGGAACCUGGUCUUCGGUCACAGGGAAGGAAAAUGUGCCAAGACGAGGACACUGAUCUGGUCUUUGUCUCCGUCGUCUUCAGACCUUUUUUAUUUUCUUUAUAAAAACCUUUUUAACGUCAAAGACGACUCAGACUUGGACUUGGACUUGGACUUGGACUUGGACUCGGACCCGGACCUGGACUCGGACUCUGAAGCACAUUGAUGUACGAAUGAUGAGGGUACGAUGGUUCGGACUUUGGGAGUCCUCUUGAGUUGAAUGUAGCCCCCCAUCAUGUGGACUUCUCACUUUGGUCCAUGAUUUGAAACCAGCAGUCAUAAAGUCCUCGGCUGUUCGAUGAUCAGAGACCGUAUAUAAGACGCAGACUCGCCACCGUGAUGUCACUUCCUGUGUUUAAAGACACAGUCUGGAGUUUUCGCCCUCACCAUCUUUGAUCUUAGAGCCAAACACGACCAUAUUUGGAGGUGAUGGUGGAAACACAUCGCCACGUCUCUGCUUCCUGUUUGAACUCGUUAGUGUUUCCUGAGGGAACCAAUCAGCUGCUGAGGAACAUUUACAGCAGACUGAUCAGAGGAGUCGCCCCCUGCUGGACCUCACAGGGACUGCAGGUCGGAGACACUCCCCUUUUGACACCCUGAGUCUGCCUCUUAUAUACCGUCUGUCUUGCUAAUUAGCUAAUGUUAGCAUGCUGUUGCUGAUGCUAGGCUAAUAUUGCAGAUGCUACUGUUAGCGUUUAGCUUGGAGUCCUGCUGUGUCCACUGCUAGCAUGAUUGGUUUGUUAGUUUCUGUCCCCAGCUGUUCCGUCCCCCCUCGUGGAGCGUCGGAAGUACUUCCUGUUCAGGUCUAGUUUGUAGAGACUUCAGUGACGGUCUCUUUGGUACGUACAGCUCGAGAACCGACGCACACUCUAUGCACUCUGAAGAACCAGCAGCAGAUCCAGAGCCGGGUCCUCUUCUCUCUGAAUGUGAACCCUUUCCAGAAACCAGCAGAGAUUCAGGUCUGAGUACUGAUUCUCAAAGACUUUAAACCCACAAACCUCAGAACCCCCCGAGCAGACCCACCUGAACCACACCCACCUGAACCAGAGCCACCUGAACCAGACCCACCUGAACCAGACCCACCUGAACCAGAGCUCAGAGUCGGUACUGUUCACCUGUUCAGAUCAGAACCAGCUGCAGAAGCUAACAAUGCUAACAGUUGCAGAGAAGCUAAAUAAAUGUUAAAUCUGAAUAAUUCAAAAUCACUUAAAGAAAAACGAGUUAGCAACAAGCACAAGAAAAGACAGCAAACUGGUGCUAACCUGAGCUAGCAAGCGAACACAUUUUACUGACUCAUGGUAAACAUUUUGUUAGCGGUCAGUUUAAAUCUAUCUUCAAACAUUUUGACGCCUCGAAUCCUUAAAAUGAAAAAUAAACCAGCUUUAAUGAGUGAGCUCAUUUUUAUUAGCCUGAAACAGCUAACUCAUGUUUUCUAAACAGGAAACAGUACGAUGCUAGCUAGCUGUGAUUGGUUAUAAGAAAUAUGAAGCUAAUGCUAAAGCUUCUUUUCUUUCUAAAUGUUAAAUUAAAGUGAAAUAAUAAGUCUUCUUACGGACGGAUUCGUAGCUGGUGGGAACAGACAUGGUUCUUUUUUCUCAGCUUCAUUCUGAUUCUGCUCGGACCAACAAUCAGGAGUCCUUUCACAAUAAAAGCCUCUGAAUAUAAACAUGUAUCUCUCUGCCGUGUCUCUGGAUCUGAGACCGGCUCAGAGACUCCUCCAGCUGUUCUGAAACUAUCAGAGUUUAUUUUUCUGUACUGGGUCCAGACUUUUGUACCUUUAGCGACGCUGACCUGAGAUCAGCUGUUUCCUGUUUGUGAUGAUGCAAUAACCACGAGAAGAACAUCUCUGAGACGCCGUGAGGGUACGACACAAACUUAAAGAUGCUAACUGUGCUGCAUAGCUUCCUGUUUCUGCUCCCGUCUGAAGGUCAAAGGUCACUGUGGAGGCUCACCUUUCAGUCUGUUUUAAUCUGAAAUGUUUUGCACUUGACGUCAUGUUUUCAUUCUGCUCCUCUGGUUGACAGCAGGGGGCGCUGACACGACUCAGAAUCAGGCUGGAUUAAAUAUAUAAGAACACAAAUUAACCCUCAGACGGAUAUUCAGGGUGUACUGUCUCUUUAAGAGUUAAUUAACCCUCAGACAGAUAUUCAGGGUGUACUGUCUCUUUAAGAGUUAAUUAACCCUCAGCCAGAUAUACGGGUGUACUGUCUCUUUAAGAGUUAAUUAACCCUCAGACAGAUAUUCAGGGUGUACUGUCUCUUUAAGAGUUAAUUAACCCUCAGACAGAUAUUCAGGGUGUACUGUCUCUUUAAGAGUUAAUUAACCCUCAGACAGAUAUUCAGGGUGUACUGUCUCUUUAAGAGUUAAUUAACCCUCAGACAGAUAUUCAGGGUGUACUGUCUCUUUAAGAGUUAAUUAACCCUCAGACAGAUAUUCAGGGUGUACUGUCUCUUUAAGAGUUAAUUAACCCUCAGACAGAUAUACGGGUGUACUGUCUCUUUAAGAGUUAAUUAACCCUCAGACAGAUAUACGGGUGUACUGUCUCUUUAAGAGUGAAUUAACCCUCAGACAGAUAUACGGGUGUACUGUCUCUUUAAGAGUUAAUUAACCCUCAGACAGAUAUUCAGGGUGUACUGUCUCUUUAAGAGUGAAUUAACCCUCAGACAGAUAUACGGGUGUACUGUCUCUUUAAGAGUUAAUUAACCCUCAGACAGAUAUACGGAUGUACUGUCUCUUUAAGAGUUAAUUAACCCUCAGACAGAUAUUCAGGGUGUACUGUCUCUUUAAGAGUUAAUUAACCCUCAGACAGAUAUACGGGUGUACUGUCUCUUUAAGAGUUAAUUAACCCUCAGACAGAUAUUCAGGGUGUACUGUCUCUUUAAGAGUUAAUUAACCCUCAGACAGAUAUACGGGUGUACUGUCUCUUUAAGAGUUAAUUAACCCUCAGACAGAUAUUCAGGGUGUACUGUCUCUUUAAGAGUUAAUUAACCCUCAGACAGAUAUACGGGUGUACUGUCUCUUUAAGAGUUAAUUAACCCUCAGACAGAUAUACGGGUGUACUGUCUCUUUAAGAGUUAAUUAACCCUCAGACAGAUAUACGGGUGUACUGUCUCUUUAAGAGUUAAUUAACCCUCAGACAGAUAUUCAGGGUGUACUGUCUCUUUAAGAGUUGUCGUCAUUUUAAAGUGAACAAACAGUUAGGAUGAGACCUCCACAGGACCUUUAGCGACACUCUGUGAAAUCUUCUCUCCUUCUUUCAGGUGAUCAGAGUUCACUCUCAUGUCUGUUAGCCUAGCUUAGCAUAAGGUUUGACCACAGCCUGGCUCUGCAGAACGCCGUGUGUCUGGUGUGAUGUCAUCAAAGCAGUGGAAGAAUAAUUCGUCAUUCGGUCUCUGAAGAUCAAAAUGUUUACAAAAUAGAGUCAAAAAGAGAAAAACAGAGUUUGAACUUUGACCUCUCGGAGAAGAAGAAGAAGACAUCUUUAAUGACCCUGUCUGACCUCAGAUCUGGAUCACGUCUGUAGGUCUGUAAAGGUCUGUAAAGGUCUGUAAAGGUCUUCCUGUCUGUAGUUUGUGUUCACCCAGCAGCUGCUGUAGCCUUAAAGCCAGAGAGGAUGAUGGGAGAUGUAGUGCAGUAGUGAUGUAGGCUGUGAUCAGUUCAUGUGCUAAAAUAAAAUCCUGCAAACUGAA